AUGGAUAUAGCGCAGGGUGGGCAGGAGGUCGAGGACGAGGGUGCAAGACCACGCCAGGCGCUGUUGGGCAUGGCAUCCAAGGAACAGGCGGAGAGUUUGGCCGAAUAUUUGAACUGUCCCAUCUGCAUCGAGCUCUUCGACCAGCCGGUCAUUCUAGACUGCGGCCACAACUUCUGCCAAGCCUGCAUUCAGCUGUACUGGGAGGGCGGCGAGAGGAACUCCUGCCCCCAGUGCGGGAAGGUCUUCAGUGAGAGCAGCCUGCGGGCCAACCGGGCGCUCGGACAUCUGGCGGACACUGCGCGUAAUCUCAACCUGUCUCGGACAAGGAAGGAGCGCUCGCCGGCUCCAUCGCUGUGUGGGCAGCCAAGGGAAGUGGGGCCCAAGCUGUACUGCAGGGAGCACCAGGAGGAGCUAAAACUCUUCUGCGAGACGGACAGGGAGCUAAUCUGUGUGAUGUGUUUGGACGGCAGAGCAGGCGGCAGUCACAAGCAACACGACUUCAUGCUGAUCCACGAAGCGGUCGAGAAAUACAAGGAUAAACUGAAGUCUUCCUUGGACAUGUUGAGGCAGAAGAUGACGGUCCUGGAAACCAAACUGAAGGAGAAGGAGAGUUUUACCGAAAUCGGGGAAAAGGCCACCAGUCUGCAGUGCCUCAUUUCCUCCGAGUUCGCCAAAAUGCACCAGUUCCUGGACAGAAAGGAGCAGGGUUUAAUUCGGGAGCUGAAGGACCACGAGGAGAACAUUUCCGAGACGAUAGAGAAGAACUUUGAGGAGAUUCAGGAGAGCCUGGAUUCUGUUCAACAAAAGCUGUCAAGGCUACAUUCGAAAAUGGACCAGAGGGAGAUACUCAUCUUCCUGGAGGAAGAAGCUUGUCAAAAAAAGAGUGAAGACAAUUAUCAGAUAAUAACCGGUGAAAAUCUGCCUCUGGGAGUAUUCAAGGGACCUUUACAGUACACCGUUUGGAAGCAAAUGAUAGACGCCAUUAGGCCCGCUCCAUCCUGUCUGACCCUGGAUCCUCAGACUGCACAUUCCUGGCUCAUCCUGUCCGAUGAUCUGACCAGCGUUCGAUACGGAGACAAGGCUCAGCUGCUUCCAGAAACCACAGAGAGGUUUUACCCGUGCGUCUGCGUCCUCGCGUCCGAGGGCUUCACCUCGGGGAAGCACUACUGGGAGGUCGAGGUGGGAGACAGUACCGAGUGGGAUCUCGGAGUGGUGGCGGAGUCCAUCAACAGGAAAGGAGACAUCACGGCCAUGCCAGAGGCCGGAUACUGGAUCAUGUGGCUGAGAGGGAGCGAAUAUAAGGCUGGCACCCUGCCCCGCACUCGCCUGGAUGUCAGCGUGAUGCCCAGGAGGAUCGGGGUGUACCUGGACUACGAGGAAGGUCAGGUGUCCUUUUACAAUGCCGACAACAUGUCCCAUCUCCACACGUUCAUCGACAUCUUCACCGAGAAACUCUACCCUUUCUUCAGCCCCUGCCUGAAUGGAGGCGGGAAAGCCACGGAACCCCUCAGGAUCUGUUCUGCUAAAGACUUUUACAGCCCGGCGUUCAACAAGCAGGGGGUGUCGUGGAAGAAGAGAGUGGCCUAGGUUUACAAUCCUGCGAGAUCGGCCAAUCAGUUCUUCUUUAUCUCGUCUCAAACAUUGCUUCCAGUUUGACAGGUUUAAAGCUUUCUACGUCGACUAUUUAACACGCGGAGUUAAGCCUUGUCUUCCCAUCAAGAAACACUCCGCUCGGUGGACAGACUGCUGACAGGAACCUGAAGUCCAACACGUUAAUUCAUUGCAUUGUCACUUUCAGACCCAAUUAAAAUCCCUGAGUCAGGACAGUAUUGGACGGUCCUUCCGGGGAAGUGAAACUGACGAAGUGAUUGGAUCUGAUGGUCAGCUCGAAGUUGUGGAAUUAGUGGCCUUAGGUGUCACUAUAAUCUUUCCUUGUGUGCUCCAACUAGUAACCUUUCGGUUUUUGCAAAGGGAGCUUGAAAUACAUUGUUGCAACAGCAUACACAAUUCUUUCUCCCGAGAUGUGCCUAGGGUUUUGUAACAUUACUGAAAAUUAGACAAAAAAUUGAUGCACAAUGGCUGACCAAUUAGUCAGGUCUAGUGCGUCAUGUGAUUCAAUUCAGAAAUGAUGAUAAAUAUGGUUAAAUAAAG